CCACAGAACAUCCUGGGUCUGCAGGGGAUCCCUCGGCAGUUUUUCCUGCAGGUGUACGAGACGCUGCGGAGAAUCGGGGAGACCAGGGCUGGGGAUGCCAUCCUGGGACUGGCCUGCCUGGCUGCGCUGGCAGGGCUCCGGGUGAUGAAGAGCCGCUUGCCCCAAGCUGCCCAUGCGGAGCCGCUGGCUGCCAGAAUCAGCUACCUGAUCGUCUGGACCUCUGCCACGGCACGCAACGCCCUUGUGGUCCUGUUUGCUGGCCUGGUCGCUUACUCCUUCCAGGUGAUGGGCUCCCAGCCGCUCACGCUCACCGGCAGCAUCCCCCAGGGUCUCCCCGCCUUCCGGCUGCCGCGCUUCUCCGUGGCUGCGCCCAACGGCACCGUCCCCUUCUGGAGCAUGGUGGAGGACAUGGGGGUCGGGCUGGCCGUGGUCCCGCUCAUGGGCCUGCUGGAGACCAUUGCGAUUGCCAAGGCUUUUGCCUCGCAGAACAAUUACAGGAUUGACCCUAACCAGGAGCUGCUGGCUAUGGGCUUUGCCAACGUCCUGGGCUCCUUUGUCUCGUCGUACCCCAUCACGGGCAGCUUUGGCCGGACAGCGGUGAACGCGCAGUCAGGUGUCUGCACCCCCGCGGGAGGGCUCGUCACAGGCGCCCUGGUCCUGCUCUCGCUGGCGUACCUCACCUCGCUCUUCUACUACAUCCCCAAAGCGGCGCUGGCUGCCGUCAUCAUCUCGGCUGUGGUCCCCAUGUUUGACGCUGGGAUCUUCAGGACACUCUGGCGGGUUAAGAGGCUGGACCUUGUACCCCUCUGUGUGACAUUCGUGUCGGAGGGGGACACACUCCUGGUGCAGCCGGGCAGCAGUCUGCACUUCCCAGCCAUCGAGUGCCUCCGGGACGCCGUGUGCAGCCGCGCUCUGGCAGCAUCUCCACCACACUCCAUCAUCCUGGACUGCUGCCACAUCAGCAGCAUCGAUUACACGGUGGUGGUGGGGCUGGCAGAGCUGCUGCAGGAGCUGCACAAGCAUGGCCUCUCGCUGGCCUUCUGCAGCAUCCAGGACCCUGUUCUCCAAGUCCUGCUGUCGGCAGACUUAGAAGGAUUCCAGCAUUUCCCCAGCCGGGAGGAGGCAG